GGGGCAGGUUGCCUGGGACCCCUGCACCCUCAGCCUGGAGGCCCCGCCCCACGGGAGCUGGGAGUGCCCAGGGCAUCACCCGGAAGCACCUGUGGCGCCUCUUCUCCCUGGACCUGCUCAACAGUUACUUGGAGCGUGACCCCACCCCCUGGGAGCUCACCUACGAGGUGCCGACCCGGCACAGCACCAGCCAGACUCCUCCUGUCUUCACCCCUCUGAAGCUCAACUUCAAUUUUGGGGCAGCACCAAUAGACGCCCCACCCUCCGUGGUGCUGCUGGCGCUGAAGAACAGCGGACUGGUACCCCUGGACUGGACCUUCCUCUUCCCAAGCGACCAACAGAUCAACCUGGAGCUGUGGGCAGAGCAGGCAGAGUUUAACUGCACCGAGUUGCACCAAAUGCGCGUGCAAGACAAUUGCAUCUUCUCCAUCAGCCCCAAGGCUGGGAGCCUGAGUCCCGGGCAAGAGCAGAUGGUGGAGUUCAAAUACAGCCACCUGUUUGUUGGUACCGAUCGCCUCCCGGUGCUCUUCAAGGUGUCCCAUGGCCGGGAGAUCCUGCUAAAUUUCAUAGGUGUGACAGUGGAAUUGGGGCAGAAGUAUGUGCACUUCACUUCCGCCAGCCAUCAGUUCAUCCCUGUCUCCAUUGGUGACACACUACCCCCGAGGCAGAUUUAUGAGCUGUAUAACGGUGGCUCAGUGCCUGUGACCUAUGAGAUCCAGACCAACAUCCUGUCGGAGGUUCAGGAAAAGAAUUUUGAUCACCCCAUCUUCUGCUGCCUCAACCCCAAAGGGGAGAUCCAGCCAGGCACAACUGCUCAGGUCUUGUGGAUCUUCUCACCCAUUGAGGCCAAGACCUACACGGUGGACGUGCCCAUACACAUCCUGGGAUGGAACUCAGCCAUCAUCCGCUUCCAGGGGGUGGGCUAUGACCCCCAUGUCAUGGGGGACACAGCCCCAUUCCACAACAUCUCCUCGGGGGACAACAGCUCCAUCCACUCGAGGCUGAUGGUUCCUGGACAGAGUGUCUUCUUGUCCCAAUCUCAUAUCUCCCUGGGAAACAUUCCUGUGCAGAGCAAGUGCAGUCGCCUGCUGUUCCUCAACAACAUCUCCAAGAAUGAGACAAUUGUCUUUGUCUGGCAGCUAAAGCCUCCAGAAUUUGGGGAGGUAUCUGUGAGUCCCAUAAAAGGAAAGGUGGCUCCUGAAGAAACGAUCCCGUUUGUGGUGACCCUGAAGGCCUCAGUGCAUGCCAGCUUCUACAGCAUUGACCUAGUAUGCAAGGUGUACCGGCAGGAACUCCUGAAGCAGUACCAUAAGGAGCUGCAGGAGUGGAAGGAUGAGAAGGCACGGCAGGAAGUGGAGUUCACCAUCACAGAUAGGAAAGUGAAGAGACAGACCUAUUGUACAGCUUGUGAACCUGUGAGGAAGUACAAGACACUGCCCCCCAUCAAGAACCAAGAGUAUCUCAACCGGCCCACCAGCUGGAACCUUAAGAUCCCAAAGGAGGAGACACAUUGGCCAUGCCCCCAGCCACCCUCACCAGGCAUGCUCUACUUAGGCCUCACUGCCCGCGCCCAUGCCACCGACUACUUCCUGGCCAACUUCUUCUCGGACUUUCCCCGCCACUUCUUGCACCGGGAGCUGCCAAAGAGGAAGUGCCCCAGGAAAGAGUCGGAGGCUGAUGAAGACUCCCUUGAGAUGUGGGCCCUUGUCUCCAAGCAAGAGAAGCAGCUCCUGGUUGACUGUCUCACCACCAUCAUCAGGGGCCUGCUGGAAGAUAAGAUCUUCCAUGAGGCCGUGGACCAAAACCUGGUGGAGCAGAUGCCUUACUUCUGCCAGUUCUGGAAUGAGCAGUCGGCCAAGUUCACAGUCCAGAAGAGCAACCUGCACUUAAUGCCAGACCCAUCUCAGUCCUCCAACAGCUCGGAAGACAGCAGAGACAAGGAAAAGGAGGAGGGUAAGCGGAGGCUAAGGAAGAAGGAAGGCGGGGAAGAGGAGAAGGAUGAAGAG